AUGGUCCAAGAAGAAGCAAGUGAUAAUGAUAAUAUGCCCCAAGAAGAAAAUGAUGAUGACAAUAUGCUCCAAGAAGAAGCAGAUGAUGAUGACAAUAUGCUAGAAGAAGAAGCUGAUGAUAAUGACAAUAUGCUCCAAGAAGAUGACAGUAUGCUCCAAGAAGCAAUAGGUAGUCAGCACAUACAUAGGCAAAGAAUGUCAAUGACAGCUGAGCAGAGAUAUGCUGCCUACAUGGCACUGCAUACCCUGAAUCUGGCCAGGGGUGGCAAGUUCAAAAGAAAUGACAAGAAGGAUGUUGCUCAAAUUUUUCAAGUUGGCGUUCAACAUAUUCGGAAAAUUUGGACGACAGCAAAGGAACAAAUAGCGCUUGGUCGGGAGGUGGAUGUAUCCAGCAAAAGGAAAGGAAGAUGCGGAAGAAAAGGAAAGGAUGAUACUCUAUCCCAAAUCCCCACAGUUCCAUUGAACAGAAGGUCGACUCUCAGGUCACUUGCUCGCCAAUUGGGUGUCAGUCAUACUACACUCUACAAGAAACUCAAGCUUCGCAAGAUUAGGAGGCACUCCAAUCAUCUGAAGCCAUCCUUGAAAGAAAAGAAUAGAAGAGAGAGGAUCAAGUUUUGUUUGUCAAUGCUUGACGAGACCACCUUAGCAGCUCCAAGACCUAAGUUCAUUGGUAUGCACAACAUUAUGCAUAUUGACGAAAAGUGGUUCUAUAUGACGAAAAUGAACAGAAACUACUACCUCCUCCCGGAGGAAGAUGAUCCGGUCAGAACUGUUCGGAACAAGAACUGUAUUGGGAAAGUGAUGUUUCUGACCGCUGUUGCUCGACCCAGAUAUGACGCUGAAGGCAAUAUGACAUUCUCCGGUAAAAUUGGUGUAUGGCGCUUUGUGCAAGAGAUUCCCGCUGCUAGAAGAAGCGAAUAUAGAGCAAGAGGGACCAUUGAAAUGAAGUCCGUCAACGUGAACCGACGGGUAAUGAGGAGGUAUAUGAUAGAAAAAGUGGUUCCAGGAAUAAAGGAAGUUUGGCCCGCAGAUGAUACUAAUCCAAUAUUGAUCCAGCAAGAUAACGCCAAAACGCACAUUCUUCCCGGUGAUGCAGAGUUUGCAGAAGCUGUGGCUACAACUGGUCUGGACAUUAAAAUAAUAAACCAGCCUCCAAAUUCUCCUGAUAUAAACGCACUUGAUCUUGGAUAUUUUAGAUCCCUUGAGUCUUUGACCGACUACAGAGCACCAACGACUAUCAAAGAACUGAUUCAAGGUGUGCAGGAAGAAUUUGAUGAGUAUGAUGCCGGGAAACUCAACAGAAUAUUUCUAACACUUCAGACCGUCAUGGUAGAAGUGAUGAACCAUGGAGGAGAAAAUUCAUACAAAAUUCCACAUAUGCGCAAUGAGAGAUUGGAAAGGCAAGGAAUCCUACCGCCUAGGAUUCACUUUCCCCGUGAAGUUUAUGAAAAUGCCAUGGAGAUUCUAGAACAAGAUGUCCAGUAA